AUGGCUGAGCCCAUUCCCGCCGAGGAGCAAUCCAACUACGAAACGUUCCGCGACUGCAUGAGCGAGCUGGUCCUCAAAGCGCUCGCCGCGCCGACGGAGAAGCCCAAGCCGAAGAAGAAGCGCCACACGAAGAAGGGGUCAAAGAGUGGGAAGAACGACGAUACGCCGCAAGACAAAGCUUUAGAAACCAGCAAUGCAGAUUCGCAAACCAACGACGCCGAAGACCUAGGCGAGUUUAUCGAAUACCUCGGCGCCCUCAUCUUCCCCAGCCUCCCCGCCUCCCUCCGCACCCUCACCCACACCCUCUUCACAUCCACCCCCUCCCUCGAGGAAACAUACUCGCCGCCUCUCUCCGCCGCAACACGCACCCUCGUCUUGACCAGCAUCCCACCCGUCGCCAUCGACAGCCUAGAAUCCUACGCCCUCCUCCCCCCAUGCUCGGACCAAACCGACCACCACAACCUGCUCACCCCGCUCUUCACAGCCUACAUAACUGCCGUGACGGCGCCGCCACCCAUCUGGUCCAGCACCCGCACCUCGGCCUGCGAAUUAUGCGGCAGAGACUGGGUCCCGCUGACGUACCACCACCUCAUCCCCAAAUCGGCGCAUGCGCGCGUGCUGAAGCGCGGGUGGCAUGCAGAGGAAAGGUUGAAUAGCGUGGCGUGGUUGUGUCGCGCGUGUCAUAGUUUUGUGCAUGGACUUGUGGGGAAUGAGGAGUUGGCGAGGAGUUUUUAUACCGUCGAGUUGAUUGUUGAGGGGGGUGUGCAGGGGGAUGCCGAGGUUAGGGAGAGGGUGGAACGGUGGGUUAAGUGGGUUGGGGGGGUGAGGUGGAAGAGUCGGUGA